AUAAUCAUCACAUUAAUUCACCUUAUUCUGGGAAUCUGGGCCAUCCCUACACAAUUUGAUAACGGUAAAAAUGAAGAGAGAAUUGUCGGUGGAAACUUAACCACGGUAGAAAGUUUUCCAUAUGUUGCUCAACUGUAUCAUGCAAAUAUACGAUGGUGUGGGGCCAGCAUUCUUUCACCAAGAUGGGUCGUCACUGCAGGACAUUGUACGUACGGGGAAGAUAUAAGCAACAUCACAUUACGUGCCGGUGCUUCUGAGACCAAUCAAACAGCAAGGGCGUCAAUUACUGUAGCAGAGAUAUUCCUUCAUCCCUUGUACAAUGCCACAUCGCAAGACUACGAUAUAUGCAUUCUCCGCCUGAAUGAAGAUCUUGUUUUUGGAGCAUCGACUAACACAAUACUUUUACCACCGCCCAGUCUUAUUUUAUUUUCUGGAACUAUGGCUACCGUUGUUGGUUGGGGUGAUGUAUCAGACGGAGGAGCUAGUCCAACUCAACUGGAGGCAGUAUCUCUGCCAGUUAUUUCCAAUGAAGAAUGUGUUCGCCUUUACAACGGCACCGGUACUCUUAUUACUGAUAGAUCGCUAUGUGCUCUUGAUGCACCAGAACGAAGAGAUACUUGUCAUGGUGAUUCUGGAGGGCCAUUGACAGUGAACGGUGUGCUUUAUGGAGUGGUUUCUCAACAUACAGGCUGUGCGGAUCCCAGAUAUCCAGGAAUCUAUGCCAAUGUCUCAAGUUUACGCUCCUUUAUCGAACAAGUUACAGGGUUGUAAUUGUUGUCAUACCCUUUAUAAUAAUAAAUUUUUGUAUCGAACUUAAAAAUAUACUUGUACUUAAUGUAAAUAAAGCUGUUUAUGUUCAA